CGCGGUUUCACUACCUCUUGGUAAGUAUCACGAACCAGCCUCUGAUUGUACCGUCCUUUGCAUUAUGUUUUCAUUAGAUACUAGUAAGAACUUGGUAAGACACGAUAGUGUGUGUUCCUAUUCACCUAGAGAGCGCGUAGUUGCUUAUUAGGGAUAACCUUUACUGUUUGUUCGUAUUUUGGUGUUUCCAAUGGGAGGAUCCGAUGACGAGAUUGAGGUAGUCAUUCCCACACAAUUUUCUGAUUGUGUCAGCCGCGAAGACUUCGAUGUUAUUUGCAAGCGUAUGGAGGAAAAUACGGAGGAAACGGUCCACAAGUCUGUCCAUGAUGCGCUUAUUGCAAUGGAUCUUGGCAAAGUGCUAGAUAGGGUGGAGAGACGGAUAACCGAGCUUGUCGAUCGGGUUGCCACGUUGGAGAUACGUCCACUACAUCAGCAGCCUCCUCCACCACCACAACCCCAGCAGCAUCCACCACGGCAUCAGCAGCCUCCACCAUAGGCUCAAGAUGAUGCCAUUUUCGAUGCACGUGGCAAUUUUGAUGAGACAGCUACCAGAGACGCCCGCCUACGACGUCGUAUUCGUUGGAACAGGGUAGGUAUGGGUGACAACCAGCGAGGUAAUAACAAUCGUAUUCCCGAUGACCCUUUUGCUAAGAUUAAGUUCACAAUACCUUCUUUUUCGGCAGUGGCGGACCUACAGGGCAUGCCAGGUGGGCCGUGGCAUACCCUGUAGAAUCUAGCCCACUUAUACAUAUAGUUCCAUUUGCAGCCCAAUAAACCAGUAGAAUACAUAAAUACGACGAUGACUCUUCGUCUGUUCCGCUUCCACCGUUUCUCCUUCGGCGCUGCGACUGCAACGUGCUGCGAUCGCCGAUCAGCGAUCUGCAUCUCUGUCUGGCCCUUGGCGUCUGCCGGUGGCUGUCUGCAGUCUGCUUGAGUGCUUGGUCGACACAGUGACGCGCCGACAGCCGUCACUCCGUCCGUCAGCGGUCAGCCGGAGCCCAGAGCCGAGCAGCGCCGCACCGGCACCGCAACAAGGCAACGAGACGAGCGUACUGCGUACAGGCUAACAGGCGUACAACACUACAGCAUAGCGAUCCUCUAUUCCUCUUUUGUUUUCUCUCGCCUGAUUGGCUGAUUCUGAAUUCCUGAUGGCUGAUGUCCAGACCGAUUAGUAAUCAAGAAUUCUAGAGGUCCGUAAGUUUUGAUACUCAUUCAUCAAAUUGCAAAUUAAAUAAUUAAUAUGGAUUGCAUUUUUGCAGUUUUGCCCCCUUCAGAUGCAGACUGAUUAGUGAUUACACGCAUACCUCAUAGAAAUAAAAGAAUUAUUGAAUUAUGAAGAGGAAUGGAGACAUCACAUCUCUUUUUCAGAAAUAUUCAUCAAAGAAGGCUGUUGUUUCAUCGUCUCCAACUGCAACUGUGGUGGAAGAUGAACCUCAAGUGCAGGAGAGAGUUACUGAAGAAAUUAUGAACCCUAUACCAUCUUCUCCGCCAUCAAUUCCAACUGAUGAUGUCUCGCCGCAACCAACACCGGUUUAUGAUAUCAAUCGCCUUCCACAUGAUCCAGGUGAAAGAAUGCCCAUCCAAAGUUACUCUAUUAAUGAUCAAGAUGCAAUUCGUAGAUUAUAUAUUCUUAAAGGUCCAUUCCAACCAUAUGCACAUGAAUUUCCAAAAAGAAAAAUAGGAAAGAGAUAUCGUCAAUUCAAUUUCGUUUGGUUUCAUAAACAUCAUUGGCUUGAAUAUAGUAUCAAGAAGGAUUCUGUAUUUUGCUUUAUAUGCUAUUUGUUCAAAGACAACAAAUGUAAGAGCAAGGGGGCAGAUGCAUUUGUUAUAGAUGGUUGGAGAAAUUGGAAUAUAGGAGAGAAGGCACUUUUGAAACAUGUGGGUUCUAGUGCGCACAAUGCAGCUCAAGAGAGGUAUAGUGGCUUCGUGAAUCCUGAGGCAACAAUUGAUUAUCACAUUGAUAAGUGGAGUAAAGAGGAUCUUCGUCUUUAUAAGAUCAGAUUGACUUAUUCACUUAGGUGUUUGAAGUUUCUAUUGCGUCAAGGAUUGGCAUUUCGUGGACAUGAUGAGAGUGAAGAGUCUAACAACAGAGGCAACUUCCUUGAACUUUUGAAAUUUCUUGCAUCAAACAGUGAAGAGGUGAAGAAAUAUGUUUUAGAGAAUGCUCCAGAUAACUGUACCUUAACUAGCCCAAAGAUACAAAAGCAGAUUAUUCAUUGUUGUGCCAUAGAAACUAGAAAGAAAAUAAUUGAAGAUCUUGGUGAAGAACCCUAUGCAAUUUUAGCUGAUGAGUCUAGUGAUAUAUCACAUAAAGAACAACUAGCUCUUUGCUUGCGUUAUGUUGAUAAAUUGGGAAGACCAUGUGAACGACUUAUUGGAGUUAUCCCUGUAGAUGAUACUAGUUCUUUGUCACUUAAGGAAGCAAUUGAAGCUCUUCUUGUUAGCCAUGGUUUGUCUAUGGCUCAAAUCCGAGGUCAAGGUUAUGAUGGAGCCAACAACAUGAAAGGAGAGAUAAAAAGGGCUGAAAACAUUGAUAAUGAAAGAGUCACCUUCUGCUUAUUAUAUACAUUGCUUUGCACAUCAACUACAACUAGUUCUUAUUGUUGUUGCUAAGGGGAAUACCGAUUGUGUGACAUUUUUUGAUCAAAUAACUCUCUUGCUAAAUAUUGUUGGAGUUUCUUGUAAGCGCCAUGGUAUGCUUCGAAAUGCUAGGCUUGAGAAUAUCAGAAAAGCACUAGAUUGCGGUGAACUUGAAACUGGGACUGGAUUAAAUCAAGAGAUGGGGUUGCCUAGGCCUGGUGAGACUCGAUGGGGCUCUCAUUACAAAACUGUUUGUAGCAUCAUUUCUAUGUACCCCACAAUUCGUGACGUACUCAUCGCUCUAGGGGCUGAUAUUUCACAUAAGGGCGAUUGGACAAAAAAUCAUUUUGUUCUUGGAGCAUUUGAGUCCUUUGAGUUUGUUUCUUUGCACAAUUAAUGUUUGUUAUUCUUGGAUACACAAAUGAAUUAUCUGAGUGUUUGCAAAGAAGGGAGCAAGAUAUCAUCAAUGCAAUCUCACUUGUUAAUGUGGCAAAGAGCAGAAUGCAAGAAUUGAGGUCUAAUGGUUGGGAUCAAUUCCUACAAAGGGUUACAUUGUUUUGCAAUCAAUAUGGCAUCCAAGUUCCUGCUAUGGAGGAUAAUUAUGUGCCUUAUGGAAAAUCAGCACGAUACACUCGAAACCAAACAAAUGAUGAUCACUUCAGAAGAGAAAUAUAUAUUGGUGUCAUUGAUCAAAUUAGUCAAGAGCUUGAUAACCAGUUCGAUGAGGUCAAUAUGGAGUUGCUUUCUUGUAUGUCAGCCUUAGAUCCUUCUGAUUCAUUUGCUUCCUUUGAUGCGCAGAAGAUACGAAGACUAGCUGAAUUUUACCCUAAUGACAUAUUUGGGAAUGAUUUGCUGAAACUUGAGUUGCAGCUUAAUAAUUAUAUUGAUGCAAUGAGGCAAGAUGAUAACUUCAAAGGCCUUCAUUGCCUUGUUGACCUGUCAGUUAAGCUUGUUGAAAAAAAGAGGCAUAUCGUGUUCGAUAUGGUUUUCUUGCUUCUCAAAUUGAUAUUACUUCUGCCGGUGGCAACAUCAAGUGUUGAGAGGGCAUUUUCUGCAAUGUCUUUGGUCAAAACUAAGUUAAGAAAUAAGAUGGGUGAUAGUCUUUUGGACGAUUGUCUAGUCACAUUCAUCGAACGAGAUCUUUUCUUCAAAGUCGAUGAAGAUGAUAUAAUUGAGACCUUUAUGGCUUUUAGAAAGCGUCGUCCGAACAAAUAGUAUGGUAAUUAUCUUUCAAACAUUGUUUCUUGCAAAUUUCGUAUUUCAUAUGUUUGGGCUCUAGUGUAAAAAUUAUUAUGGCAUACUCUUGGCCAAAAUCCUAGGUCUGCCACUGUUUUUCGGGUCAUUAUGAUGUUGAGGCAUAUCUUGAUUGGGAGAUGACAGUAGAGCAAAAAUUUGCCUCCCAUCUUGUGUCUGAACACCAUCAGGUUAGACAAGCCACUAGUGAGUUCAAAGAUUUUGCUAUCAUUUGGUGGACUGGUUUAGUGGGUGAUGGUAGAGAACCAACUACUUGGGAUGACCUAAAGGAUGCUAUGCGUGAUAGAUUUGUUCCCCCAUCUUAUCAUAUAGAAUCGCGUAAGAAACUGAUGCGUUUAGAUCAAGGGGAUAAGUCUAUUUAGGAUUAUUAUGGUGAGCUUCAAAAGGGGUUGCAACGUUGUAAAAUAGUCGAGGGGACCAAGGAUGUUAUUUGUCGUUUUUAUUCGGGUUUGAGGCGUGAAAUACAGGAUAUUAUUGAUUAUAAAGAUUUUGACACUGUCGACAAGUUGUUCCAGUUUUCUAUGCUUGCAGAGAAGGAAGUGCAGGGAUGAUAUCAGUCACAGCAUCGAUCCUAAAGUACCUUUGGCGCCACUC